AUGGUCGACAACGAGGCAACCUGCGUCUCGGUGAUGCUCCAUGGGACGCUGAGAGUGGUGAUGGAGCCUCUGCUGGGAGACAUGCCUCUGAUCGGAGCGCUGUCCGUCUUCUUCCUCAAGAAACCGGCCAUGUACCUGGUCGGGACGGCCAGUACCCUGCUGACGGGCGGAGACGGAGGCGGGUGUCUCCCGGUUCCUGGCAGCGUCCACAACUUCAAACAGCUGUUCACGCUACCCGGCUGCGACGCAGGGAAUCCGCCCUCUAUGAUCCAUUCCCAUGACAAACAAGGACGUGGGCAGGGAAAGAUUUUCACCUGCAAACUGGAGUGGUUAAUCUCUGCUGUCCUCACGGAGAAACUGGACCAGGCGCUAACGAGCAUUAAAGCUGAUCGCAAUCAGGCGAACGACGGCCUUUCGUCGGCGUUGCUUGUCGUUUUCCUGGAUUCAGCAAGAAAUCUGCCGCGCAAUCCGUUAGAGUUCAACCAGUCGGGGCUGAGGAAGACCUCGGUCAGUAAAGCUCUGAAGUCCGGUAAAAAAGUGACCAGUGAUCCAAAUCCAUUCGUCCAGUUCAGAGUGGGACACAAGUCCUACGAUAGCAAGACCCGAUAUAAGACCAAUGAGCCGGUGUGGGAGGAGGCGUUCACCUUCCUGAUCCACAACCCCCGCAGCCAGGAGCUGGAGGUCGAGGUGAAAGACGAGAAACACGAGUGUACGUUGGGCGUUUUGACGGUGCCGCUGACUCGCCUUCUGGACGCCGAAGAAAUGACGUUAAAUGAACGUUUCCCCCUCAAGAACUCCGGCCCGAGCUGCACGCUGAAGAUGAAGAUGGCUCUGAGGGUAAGAUAAGA